AUGCCUGGAGUAGAAUUCGCACCACAACUGGCGGACGAUGUCAGAGUCGAGGGCCAGGAUCCUCUGAUCCCACCCGCCCUGCUCAUCUCCGAGGUCCCCGCCACCGAGACCGCCCUCGAGACCAUCGUCAAGGGCCGCCGUGAGGCCGAGAGCAUCAUCAUGGGCCAGAACGACCGCCUGCUCGUCGUCGUCGGCCCCUGCUCCAUCCACGACCCAGCCACCGCCCUCGAGUACGCCGACAGGCUCAAGAAGCUGUCCGACAGGUUGUCCGGCGACCUGUGCGUCAUCAUGCGCGCCUACCUCGAGAAGCCCCGUACCACCGUCGGCUGGAAGGGUCUGAUCAACGACCCGGACGUCGACAACAGCUUCAAGAUCAACAAGGGCCUGCGCGUCUCCCGCCAGAUGUACAGGGACCUCACAAGCAGGGGCGUGCCAAUUGCCUCCGAGAUGCUCGACACCAUCUCCCCACAGUUCCUGGCCGACUUCAUCUCCGUCGGUGCCGUCGGCGCGCGGACCACUGAGUCCCAGCUGCACAGAGAGCUCGCCUCGGGCCUGUCCUUCCCCGUGGGCUUCAAGAACGGCACGGACGGCAACCUGGGUGUCGCAAUUGACGCCAUUGGCGCCGCUGCGGCGAAGCACCACUUCCUCGGUGUUACGAAGCAGGGCCUGGCCGCCAUCACCCGGACCAAGGGCAACCCGUACGGCUUCGUGAUCCUGCGCGGAGGCAGCUAUGGCCCCAACUUCGACAAGGAGAAUGUGCAGAAGGCCAAGGAUGUUCUGAAAAAGAAGGGACAGAAGCAGGCGAUCAUGAUUGACUGCUCGCACGGCAACUCCAACAAGGACCACCGCAACCAGCCCAAGGUGGCCAAGGUGAUCGGCGACCAGCUGCGCGAGGGCGAGAAGUCCAUCAUCGGCGUCAUGAUCGAGUCCAACAUCAACGAGGGCAACCAGAAGGUCCCCGCCGAGGGCCCCGCCGCCCUCAAGAAGGGCGUCAGCAUCACGGACGCCUGCAUCGACUGGGACAACACCGUCGCCGUGCUCGAGGACCUCGCCGAGGCUGUGCGCGAGCGCAGGGAGAAGAACAAGGGACAUGCCCAUGGUAAUGGCAACAGCCACGCCAAGGCCACUCCCCUCGAGGAGGAUUAG